AUGUUUAACAAAUCCUUUGGAACUCCAUUUGGAGGCAGCGCUGGCUUUGGGACGACUUCAACUUUUGGACAAAAUGCUGGCUUUGGUACCACCAGUGGAGGAGCGUUUGGAACGUCAGCCUUUGGCUCCAACAAUAACACCGGAGGCCUCUUUGGGAGCACGCAGACAAAACCAGGAGGAUUAUUUGGUUCGACUACGUUUAAUCAGCCAGCCACCUCCUCCACAAGCACAGGCUUUGGGUUUGGCACGUCGACAGGGACGUCCAAUAGCCUCUUUGGAACAACCAGCACUGGUGGAGGCCUCUUCUCUUCCCAGAAUAAUGCCUUUGCCCAGAACAAGCCAGCUGGGUUUGGAAACUUUGGCACCAGUACCAGCAGCGGAGGUCUCUUUGGAACCACUAACACCACUUCCAAUCCCUUUGGGAGUACGUCUGGCUCUCUUUUUGGCCCAACCAGCUUUACUGCUGCUCCAACUGGCACGACUAUUAAGUUUAACCCACCAACCGGCACAGAUACUAUGGUAAAGUCUGGAGUUAGUACUAACAUCAACACCAAGCACCAGUGCAUCACUGCUAUGAAGGAAUAUGAAAGCAAAUCUCUUGAGGAACUCCGUUUAGAGGACUACCAGGCAAACAGGAAAGGGCCCUCAAAUCCCGUGGGAGCAGGAGCAGCUGCAGGCUUGUUUGGGUCUUCAACUGCUACAUCAAGUACAGCUACAGGGCUCUUCGGCUCUUCCACCACUAACACGGGCUUUUCAUACGGACAGAAUAAAACUGCUUUUGGAACCA